AUGGCAACGAGGUCUUCCAACUCCACCAUUGAGACGGAUGAUGCCGUCAAAAAAGACGCAAAUGCCGUUGACAGCCGCGUGGCGCUCGACGCGGAGAAGGGUCCUCAGCUGGCUGCCCCAGUCAACCCGUGGGAUCCAAGCGCUUUCCCCGACGGAGGAGCCGAGGCUUGGCUUGCCGUGCUGGGCUGCUUCUGUGCCCUUUUCGUGUCCUUCGGUUGGAUUGGUGCCAUUGGUGUAUUCCAAGAAUACUACCAAUUGAACCAAUUGAAGGAGUACACUCCAAGUCAGGUAUCAUGGAUUCCCUCCAUCGAAGCCUGCUUUAUGUUUCUCGGAGGCUCGUGGGUCGGGCGCAUCCAGGAUCUCUAUGGUCCUCGCUACCUCAUCCCUGUUGGGACCUUCCUGCACGUCUUUGGGCUCAUGAUGGCAUCUUUGUCCACCGAAUACUACCAAUUCGUACUGUCUCAAGCCAUCUGUAGCUCCAUCGGCGCAUCCAUGGUCUUCUACCCGAGCUUUGCCUGUCUCGCAACUUGGUUCUUCAAGAAGCGUGCAGCUGCCUUCGGACUCGCUGCUUGCGGAUCUAGCCUAGGCGGCGUUUUGUUUCCCAUAAUCGUACUCCGCCUCGUGGAUGAGAUCGGUUAUGCUUGGACCAUGAGGACCUGCGCUUUCCUGAUCCUGGGACUGCUGAGCAUCUCGUGCUUUACCAUCAAAUCACGCAUCCCGCCACACAAGACGCCAGUGAGGCUUAUGGACUUCGUCAAGCCUCUUGGAGAGCUGCCUUUCUUCCUCCUUACAUUGUCGAUGUUCCUGAUGUUCAUCGGGCUCUUCGUUCCCUUCAUCUUCAUGUCCAUCGAAGCCACAGUCAAGGGCAUGGACGCCACUCUGGCCAUCUACCUCGUCUCGGUCAUGAACGCAGUCAGCAUCCUCGGCCGCACGAUCCCCGCCGCGCUGGCCGACAAGUACGGCCGGUUCAACGUGCUGAUCAUCAUGUCGUGGCUGACGACCAUCUUCACGCUCGCCAUCUGGAUCCCCGCUGACGACAACACGACGCUCUGGAUCUUCGCCGCCUUCUUCGGCUUCUCGUCCGGCACCAUCGUCAGCAUGAGCCCGGCGCUCGUCGCGCAGAUCAGCGACGUGAGGGAGAUCGGCAUCCGCACCGGCACCAUGUACACGUUUGUCGCCAUCGCCGUGCUGAUUGGCAACCCCAUCGGUGGAUCUCUGGUCACCGACCAUCACACCAAUUACGUGCGGCUCCAGGUCUUUGCUGGAUGCCUCAUGGCCGGAGGCUCGGCAGUUCUCAUGGCGAGUAGAAUUGCCCUCUCCGGCUGGAAACUGGCUGUUAAGGUGUGA